AUGAACUUAAUUACAACAAUUAUCACUAUUACCAUCACACUAUCUGCAGUACUAGCCACUAUUUCUUUCUGAUUACCACAAAUUUCUCCAGACGCAGAGAAAUUGUCCCCCUACGAAUGUGGAUUUGACCCUUUAGGAUCCGCCCGUCUACCCUUCUCCUUACGCUUCUUCCUAAUCGCCAUCCUGUUCCUUCUAUUUGACUUGGAAAUCGCCCUCCUUCUACCCCUGCCUUGAGGAGAUCAACUCAACACCCCCGCCCUAACACUCGUCUGAUCCACUGCUGUACUUGCCCUCCUUACUCUAGGCUUAAUCUAUGAAUGAACCCAAGGAGGCUUAGAAUGAGCCGAAUAG